AUGAGUUAUGCACAUUUGAUGAGACUGAUUCAAGAGGAGCAGAAUUAUUUGAGCAGAGAGACUCAUUCUAGCCCAACUAUCCCCCUGCCCCUUGACAGCAAGGAGCGUGAUGUGCAUGAAAACUGGGAUGAUGAUCAGCUUCUUGGAUUUGAACCGUGCAAUGAAAACCUUAUAACAGGUUGUAACAUAAUCAACGGGAAAUGCGAAUGUGACACCAUUCGGACCUGUAAUAAUCCGUUUGAAUUUCCAAGCCGGGAUACUUGCCUGUCGGCGUUAAAAAGGAUUGAAGAAGAGAAACCUGAUUGCUCCAAGGCCCGCUGUGAAGUCCAGUUUUCUCCUCGUUGUCCAGAAGAUUCCAUCUUGAUUGAAGGCUAUGCUCCUCCUGGUGAAUGCUGUCCACUCCCAAGCCGCUGUGUGUGUAAUCCUGCGGGCUGUUUGAGGAAGGUUUGCCAACCUGGCUAUUUGAAUAUAUUGGUUUCUAAGGCAUCGGGAAAGCCAGGGGAAUGCUGUGAUCUCUAUGAAUGUAAACCAGUGUUCAGUGUGGAUUGCAGCACAGUCGAAUGUCCUCCUGUUCAACAAGUGGUUUGCCCACUGGAUAGCUAUGAAACCCAAGUCAGGCUGACGGCUGAUGGCUGCUGUACCCUGCCCACAAGAUGCGAGUGUCUCUCUGGUUUAUGUGGUUUCCCCAUGUGCGAGGCAGGCUCCGUUCCCCAGAUAGUCUCGCGUGGAGAUGGAACACCUGGCAAGUGCUGUGAUGUCUUUGAAUGUGUCAAUGAAGUGAAGCCAACUUGCAUAUUUAACAGCAUGGAAUAUUAUGAUGGAGACAUGUUUCGAAUGGAUGCUUGUCGUUUCUGUCGGUGCCAAGGUGGAGUCUCUAUCUGUUUCUCUGCCCAGUGUGGUGAGCUACACUGCGACAGGUACUAUGUGCCAGAAGGAGAGUGCUGCCCAGUGUGUGAAGACCCAGUUUACCCAGUAAAUAACCCUGCUGGCUGCUAUGCCAACGGUCAGAUCCAGGCUCAUGGAGACCGCUGGCGAGAGGACGACUGUACUUUCUGCCAGUGCAUCAACGGAGACCCGCACUGCGUUGCAACGGCCUGCGGGCAGAGCUGUCUAAAUCCCGUUAAAGUCCCUGGGGAGUGCUGCCCAGUUUGUGAAGAACCAACAUACAUCACAAUAGGUCCACCCACCUGUGAGAUUCUGGUGAACUGCACUUUGACUGAAAAAGACUGUAUAUAUAGUUUCAAACUGGACCAAAACGGUUGCCGCAUUUGUCAGUGCAAAACUAGGGAGGAGCUGUGCACCGGCCUCAUUUCGGGCUGUUCCUUGGACUGUUCCUUCGGCUUCCAGACUGACGUCCACAACUGUGAGAUCUGUCAGUGCCGACCGCGGCCUAAGAAGUGCAAACCCAUUGUAUGUGACAAGUACUGUCCCUUUGGAUACUUGAAGAACAAGCAUGGCUGUGAAAUCUGUCGGUGUAAGAAAUGCCCAGAACUACCUUGUGGUAAAAUCUGUCCGAUGGGCUUCCAGCAGAACAGUCAUGGCUGUGUGAUCUGCAAGUGCAGAGAGGCAACCGCUUCUGUUAUGCCUCCUGUUAAAACAGGCUCUUGCCUGUCGAUGGAUGGGCGCCGACAUGAGAACGAGGAGAGCUGGCACGAUGGCUGCAGGGAAUGUUACUGUCACAACGGGCGGGAGAUGUGUGCCUUGAUCACCUGCCCCGUUCCUAAUUGCGGCAACCCCACCAUACACCCAGGGCAGUGUUGCCCGUCAUGCCCAGAUGAAAUAAUCGUGCAGAAGCCAGAGCUCACCAGUCCGUCAAUCUGUCAUGCUCCUGGUGGGGAAUACUUUGUAGAAGGAGAGACAUGGAAUAUUGAUUCUUGCACACAAUGUACAUGCCACAGUGGACGUGUCCUGUGUGAGACUGAAGUCUGUCCACCUCUUCUUUGUCAAAACCCCACCCGCACACAGGACUCCUGCUGUCCACAGUGCCCAGAUGAGCCUCUUCAGCCCUCUUCAUCAAGCAAUGAGAGCAUGCCCAGUUAUUGCAAAAAUGAUGAAGGAGAUAUUUUUCUGACAGCUGAGUCCUGGAAGCCCAAUGUCUGCACUAGCUGCAUUUGCAUGGAUGGUGUGAUUAGAUGCUACUCUGAGUCUUGCCCACCGGUAUCCUGUGAGAGACCUGUUUUGAGAAAGGGACAGUGUUGUCCUUACUGCAUUGAAGAUACAGUUCCAAAGAAAGUGGUCUGCCACUUCAACGGAAAAACAUACGCAGAUGAGGAACGCUGGGACAUUGACAGCUGCACGCACUGCUACUGCCUGCAGGGUCAGACUCUCUGCUCCACUGUCAGCUGCCCACCUCUCCCUUGUGCUGAACCCAUCAACGUGGAGGGAAGCUGCUGUCCUAUGUGUCCAGAGAUGUAUGUACCUGAACCUACUAACGUCCCCAUUGAGAAGACAAAUCAUCGUGGAGACAUUGAACUGGAAGUACCAAACUGGCCAACACCGAGUGAAAAUGACAUCAUCCACAUUCACAGAGACAUGAAUCAUCUCCAAGGAGAGUACAGAAGUGGCAGCGGUCCACACCCAAGUGAAGAUGCGUCGGUUAGCUCUGUUGCCUUGGUGACAAUUCCAAUCACAAUAGCUCUGUUACUGAUCAUUGUCCUUCUGCUCAUCAAUCAGAAAAAGCAGUGGAUUCCAGUGUCCUGCUACAAAGCUCCAACAAAGCCUUCUUGCCUAAACAAUCAACUGGUAUAUGUGGACUGCAAGAAAGGUACAAUGGUCCAGGUGGACAGUUCUCAGAGGAUGCUAAGAAUUGCAGACCCAGAUUCAAGAUACAGUGGAUUUUACAGCAUGCAGAAACAGAACAACCUACAAGCAGAUAAUUUCUAUCAAACAGUUUGAAGAAUUGCACCCUUACCAAGGAUUUGAGAAAGACAGAGAGAGAGGGGAAGAGAGACUGAGUCUGAUAUUAAAAUAAAAUUAGAAUUGUGCACUUGCUUAGUGGAUUGUAUUGGAUUUGUGACUACAUGUACAGCUCUGAGACCUUACUGGGAUGAGCUCUGACUCCUGCAAUGUGCCAGAAAAAGCAUUCCCACUUUUCCUUGAGAUAACUGACCAAGUGUUUUCUUAGAACCAAAGUUUUAAAACUUGUUAAGAUGUAUUUGCUUGUAACAUAGCUAUAGAGGUUUUUUGGGAGGGGAAAUCAGGGGCUAGGGGUAGGCAAUGAGGUAAAAGGAAGUUUCAGAGAAGAAAAGCUGGUCAUGCUUGGCUGGAGAGGAAUAAAGAACACUGCUGAGCAGCAGGAUAGUGGUUUUUCUUGUUGCUCUGAAAUUGCAUCUGUUGCAGCAAAGCCUAACCCCCGGU